AUGAAGUUCUUCGCCACCCUCAGCGUUGUCGCUGCCGCCUCCACCCUCGCCUCCGCCGCCACCCUCCCGGGGCUCAUGAAGCGCCAAGGCAACAUCGACGACCAGCCAACCUGCGGCACCACCGCCGACGCGACGCUCUCCGACUGCCAGUGGCUGCACGACAACUGGCCCGACUUCCCCGACUGGAGCCCGACGUGCCACUACUGGGGCGGCUCCGUCCAGACCGCCUGGCGUCCCGCCUGUCACGGGAAUUGCUGCGUGUACACGGACUGGAACGGCGGUCUCUGGGCGGAUAUCCAGGAGGCCGUCGCUCACGUCCUUGGCUGCGGUGACAAGGACAAGAAUACCGUGAACGGCGUCCUACAGGUCGUCGAUAGUGGCAGAGUCUGCCUCUCGAACGGAGACGGCUGUGGGGACUGUUUCGAGGAUUAG